AUGACUAUAUUUUCAUCUAAAAAACCUUCGAAUUCAAAUAAAGAUUUAUCAUCAAAUUCAACAAAUCAACAACAACAACAACAGCAAUCAUCCUCAUCGAAUAUAUCUCGUACACGUUUAUCACGUGAUGAUGAAAAUACAAAUAAUAUCAUACAAACAAAUUCAAGUGAAGAAUCAAAUUUAGUUUGUGAAAAUAAUCUUCCAUCAACAUCAUCAUUAACAACAAAUACAAUUUUAACAACAAUAACAACUGCACCUGUAUCAAAACGUAAAUCUCAUUAUCAUCAUCAAACAACAGUUAAACAAGCUAGACGACGUGGUGGUUCAGUUGGAGAAAAAUUAAUCUCAAAUUCAUCCGUAACAAAUGUUACUUGUAAUAGUAGUCCAUCAACUAGUUUAACAAAUGAGAAUAAUAUAUCGUCAAAUACAAAUUCAAAUGAACAUUUAACACAACCAUCAACAUCAACAUCAUCACUUACAACAGUUAAUAAUGAUGAACAAUGUAACAGUGAAGAUGAAUAUGAACAAACAGCACCGAAAUAUGAUAGAAAUAAUCUCACUGAUCUUGAAAUGCGUUUUGCUAGAGCGUUAAAAGAAAAAAAAGGUUUUGUUAUUAAACCGGUUCAAGAAGAUGGAGCAUGUUUGUUUCGAGCAGUGUCUGAUCAAGUAUUUGGUGAUGAAGAAAUGCAUGCAACAGUUCGACAAAAUUGUAUGGAUUAUAUUGUAAAAAAUGCUGAUUUUUUUGGUCCAUAUAUAACAGAAGAUUUCGAUCAUUAUAUAACACGAAAACGACUACAACAUUGCCAUGGAAAUCAUAUUGAAAUGAUUGCACUUUCAGAAAUAUAUAAUAGACCGAUUGAAGUUUAUGAAUAUAGUAUUGAACCAAUUAAUAUUGUACAUGGAAUGUAUAAAACAGAUAAUGAACCUAUUCGUUUAAGUUAUCAUUGUAGUGUUCAUUAUAAUUCAAUUAUUGAUCCUUGGAGACCAACUGCUGGUCAUGGACUUGGAUUUCCUGAUCUAGAACCAGGACGUGCACAAGAAACACUUAUUAGAUCUGCAGUACGUCAAUCCGAAGAAAGUCACAUAGAACGUGCUAUGCUUGAUGAUAAGAUAGCUGCUACUGAUUGGGAAGCAACACAAGAUGAAUUAAUACAACAAGUAGCAAGAGAAUCCUAUUUACAAUGGUUGUCUGAUACGAAACAACAACAUAAAGAUAAUAAAACGAUGCCAUCUUCAAGUUCAUCACCAACAUCUACGACAACAUCUGAGAGAGCUUUACACAAUAAUCACGCAAGCUCACCGAAAAAUCUAUUACCAUUAAGACUUGAUGAACGAAAAGAUUGUGAAUUUGCCUUACCAUUUAAUUAUGAAUGUGAUGCUUCAUCAAAUCCUGAUCUUGAUGAUGAUGAUUCAUAUUUACGACAAGUUCUUGCCAUAUCACAAAUUGAAUAUGUUGAAACAUUAAAAAAACAACAACAACCUCCGAAAUCCGACGAUCCAGAUGGACCAUCAUCAUCAUCAGACACACAUCUUUUGUAG